AUGGUGGCAUCAUAUCAGUUCGUUUGGCUUUGGUGCCUUUGUCUUUUGACCGCGGCCCAAGAAUGUGAGCCGCCGCGGGCGCCCAGCCUGCUCCAAUCCCGGCAAUCUGUGGACCUGAAACCCGACCCGGUGGAGGAGCAGCUGGCGACCAUGACCGGCAUGAUGCGGCAAAUGCAGGCGGAGCUGUCGGAGAUGGAGGGCAAGAUGGGCACCGACGCCGGCCGAGUCAGCGGUUGGGAUGUGCCGCAAGGUGACGGUCGCGUUGCUGCUUUGCUCGCGAAGUUGCAGAAUCAGAGCAGCGAGCUGAACCCAUCUUGCCGGCGGCUGCAGGCUCAACCUCAUCUCUUGACUGAGAAGCCUCAGGUGCAGCUGGCCAGUGCGGAAGUAAGGGCAGGCUGUGCGGCCAACUUCAUGGAACUUCAUGACUUUGGUGCAACUGCUACGGCGACUUCCUGCUGCCCAAAAUCCGACUUGGCAUGUGCAGGCUGCGCCAGCUUUGCCCAGACAUGCCAAGAAUGCCAGGGCGGCUUUGUGAAGCGCCAAGGGGUAUGCAUUGCCUGCACCAGCUCCAGCGAAUGGCUCAAUGAGAACGGCCUUUCUUGCACUCAGCUUGCGCUCGCAGACUGCAACGAUCUUCCGGUUCGGGGGGAGAGCAGCAAUCAGGCGUGCUGUGAAUGCGGGGGAGGGCAUGUGAUUCCCACGCCCUUCGAGUACCCCAGCCGCCGCUGGGCAUUGACGUCUGAGAUUCAUCUCAGACCGGAGCCCCGCACGGCUGAACGGUACACGGUGGAUUCAGGCUGCGAGCUUGCGGCUUACAACCUGACCAUAAGUGGCUCAUCAGGCCUGAUUUCCUACAUCGACGGCAAGAAAAAACCCGAUGAGGCUUUCAGUAUCCAAUGCGAAGUCACGGCGCACCAACAAGCUGGUGUCAGCUUCACUGCAGUGGUCAAAGUGACCGCAGAUGUUUUGACAUAUCAGUCAAGUGCCCUUCUCUUUCACACCGGCUCUACGGAGUCCCCCUUGACCUCCGUUGCUUUGUCGAAGUUUGCUCUCAGCUGUGCUCCCGAGCUCGACUGGUUGGUGCUGGAUGGCGGAACUGGCGUGUUGCGCUUUGCACCCGGGAGCGCAGCAGGCGCUGGCGGCGUCUCAGUGGUGGAGGAGAAGUUCUUCGGGCAAGAUGGCGGCGUGUGCACGGUGUCUGCUUGGGCUCAGGGGGAGAAGUACCAAGCGUCCUUCAUGGCUUUGAAGCCUCGGCCCUGGCCAAAUCUGCAGUAUGACUUGUCUUCAGUGUCCGUCUCCUUGGGUCAAGAGCUGCUGCCGCUGAAGCCGAAGACACCUGCCGCACAAGGUUUGAUGAAGCCCUUCGCCUUCCACGUCGCCUGCGAUGUGAGCGGUGCCGCGAAGGCCUUCACCUUUGAUCGCCUCCUGGGGGUGGGCUUCCUGGAUGGGCACAGCGUCUUGGAACUCGACAAGGACGGGCAACUCACCAUUGCCCCUGCCAGCACGCUGGUCUCGCUCUUUGACCAGUUGUUGCAAGAUGCCCAGCGGAAGCACAUGACCUUGCAAUGCCGCGUGGUGGGUCUGUUCCCGGACCAAGAGCUUCCCCCGGUGGAGACAUCCUUGAGCAUCCACAUCCAGGAUAGUGUCUGCUGGGUGUCCGAGACAGUGCAAGGUGUUGCGGUGCCGGAUGCUGACGGGGCGGCUGAUGAGUCGAAAUGUCGAAUGAGCUGCCGCUUGGACGACACCUGUGCGAACUACAAGUAUGAGUCCAACUCCUGCUUGCGGUAUGAUGUGAGGCAGGAUGGCGUUCAAGCUACGGUCACCGCAAAGAUCACAAAUUGCACCAAUGAGGGUACGUGCAUGCGUGUGCAACAUAGCCUGUGGUACCUCUCUGGAAAGUACUGCCCUAUAGGUCGUGAUGCAGUGAAGGGUGGCAUCAUGUACAUCAGAGAGCAUGAAACUGCAGAGGACAUGGUGUACCUCUAUCAAAGCAGAGAGGGCGAUGGCUGCUCUUUGGGCGAAUGGCUGCUGCAAGGUCCAGGAGAUUCGGAUUAUGUGGCAAAGUCCUCAGGGCUCUUUGAGUUCAGAGGUAAGCUGCUCGAGUGCUUGCCCGACAACCAGGUGAGUUUUGCACUGAGCGCCUGCUCCACUUCUUCCCUGGCCUGGGAAGAGGAAGAGGAUGGAGAGGGUCUGGCUGCCUUGGUGCUGGACAACCCGGGUACUGCGGAUCUCGCAGACCAUUGGCUUCAUCCGUGUGAUUGCGCCCCUCCAGCAUGGAACACGGAGGAGCCCGUGAACAAGGAGAGCUUUGAAGAGCUUCCUGCGGGCAACCAAAACAACUUCCUCCCCAGCCCCUUUGUGAUCGUGACUGGCCAAUUUGUAUGUCCUUCACGGCAGCUGCUACCAGAUGUCGGUGUGCGGUUCCAGACCGAGGAGGAGCUCCAGGAGCCGUCCGACUGCGAGGCGCGGUGCCGGGAUCACUCGCGCUGCGGCUUCUUUUGGCACGGGGCCCAGCACGGCGCGGCCACCUGCCGGCUCUUCAGCGGCUGCGACAGCCUGGUGCGGGAGUUCAGCCUGGAAGGCCAGCUGCUUGCCUUGGUCCGUGAGAGCAAGUGCAUGGUGGCGGACGCGGACGCGUGUUGGGCCACCUCCUUGCGGCGAAGCUUCUUGUCCAUGGCCUUUGACCCCACAGGAGCUCGGGUGGCCGAACCUGUGCAGACCAACAACGCCCCACCGAAGCCUGCAGACCCGCCGGCGCAAGGCAUGGUGUCUUGGUUCAAGAGCGAGAAUGCUGGGUCAGUCUGGCCGAGCUCCGUUGGUGGCUUUGAGGGCACUGCCAAUAGAAAGAGUGUUUUCAGAGAGGUUGCGGCUGGAUAUGGCGCAGAUCGCGCCGUGACGUACAUACGGGGCGCAACUGAUGAGGGCUUUAACUUCGGGGCAGUGCUCCCCCCGACGUUUACCCUUUGUUCUGUCACCCGCUACACGGGAGGAAAUCGAAAGCGUAUUCUGCAAUCAGGAGACUCCAACAUGAUUCACGGUCAUUGGGAGAACGAAGUUGGCGUGGCAUGCUACGUCAAAUGGAUUACCUACAGUGAACACAACAAGGUGGCAGGGGUUGAUGUGGCCAAGAAAGACAAGAUGGAUUGGCUGGUGCUAUGCGGCACCAAUGUAGCCCAGCGGGUGUAUGAUGGAACAACCAACGUUGCAACCGGGAUAGCGGGACCCCGGCCUUCCACUGAGACCUUGAUGGCCAAUGCUGGCAAAUAUGCAGAAUUUUCCGACUGGGCUGUUAUGGAGGUGAUGACUUGGGACAGAGCGCUUUCGGAUGCAGAGAUGCUGUCCAGCGUUGAGUACUUGCAGUGGAAGCUGCGAGCGGGUAGCUCGCUGGAAUUGUCCGAGCACUUGGCUACCUGGUCCGACUCAAAUUUCGAGUCGUUUGGCCAUCAGUCGCUGGAUGGAGUGGUAGAUCAAACUUUUCACGUAGGCUUGGCAAAUGGCUACAAGGUUUCGCUUGUUGGAUGGCCGUAUACGCGGAGCUAUGCUUUUGGAUUCCUCCGCAACAUGGACGGGAAAGCCACAGCCACUGUGACUGAUCUGGUACCCUCUGCCCAGUAUAUCUUCCAGGUAUACAUGAGGUCCACGGCUUCCACUUACAUGUCUGUGAGCAAGGUGUCGGUCAACCACGGAAGUGAGUCCACUGCUUUUCAGGACGGGACGGACUUUGCUUGUGUUUCUGGUGUGGCGAUUGCUACCCCACGUGGAGAGAUCAACUUUGAGUUCGACCGAGCUGGCAGCCAUCAUGUGCAUUUGUCCGGCCUCGCCAUUGCGAAAGUUGGUCAACAGACUGCACCAAAGCCUGCAGACCCGCCGGCGCAAGGCAUGGUGUCUUGGUUCAAGAGCGAGAAUGCUGGGUCAGUCUGGCCGAGCUCCGUUGGUGGCUUUGAGGGCACUGCCAAUAGAAAGAGUGUUUUCAGAGAGGUUGCGGCUGGAUAUGGCGCAGAUCGCGCAGUGACGUACAUACGGGGCGCAACUGAUGAGGGCUUUAACUUCGGGGCAGUGCUCCCCCCGACGUUUACCCUUUGUUCUGUCACCCGCUACACGGGAGGAAAUCGAAAGCGUAUUCUGCAAUCAGGAGACUCCAACAUGAUUCACGGUCAUUGGGCGAACGAAGUUGGCGUGGCAUACUACGACAAAUGGAUUACCUACAGUGAACACAACAAGGUGGCAGGGGUUGAUGUGGCCAAGAAAGACAAGAUGGACUGGCUGGUGCUAUGCGGCACCAAUGUAGCCCAGCGGGUGUAUGAUGGAACAACCAACAUUGCAACCGGGAUAGCGGGACCCCGGCCUUCCACUGAGACCCUGAUGGCCAAUGCUGGCAAAUAUGCAGAAUUUUCCGACUGGGCUGUUAUGGAGGUGAUGACUUGGGACAGAGCGCUUUCGGAUGCAGAGAUGCUGUCCAGCGUUGAGUACUUGCAGUGGAAGCUGCGAGCGGGUAGCUCGCUGGAAUUGUCCGAGCACUUGGCUACCUGGUCCGACUCAAAUUUCGAGUCGUUUGGCCAUCAGUCGCUGGAUGGAGUGGUAGAUCAAACUUUUCACGUAGGCUUGGCAAAUGGCUACAAGGUUUCGCUUGUUGGAUGGCCGUAUACGCGGAGCUAUGCUUUUGGAUUCCUCCGCAACAUGGACGGGAAAGCCACAGCCACUGUGACUGAUCUGGUACCCUCUGCCCAGUAUAUCUUCCAGGUAUACAUGAGGUCCACGGCUUCCACUUACAUGUCUGUGAGCAAGGUGUCGGUCAACCACGGAAGUGAGUCCACUGCUUUUCAGGACGGGACGGACUUUGCUUGUGUUUCUGGUGUGGCGAUUGCUACCCCACGUGGAGAGAUCAACUUUGAGUUCGACCGAGCUGGCAGCCAUCAUGUGCAUUUGUCCGGCCUCGCCAUUGCUCGCGUGAGCAGCCCAUUCGUCAUGCUUCAGUCAGGCGCGUCAGGAUCCUCAUCCGUGAAGCAGUCGGACUUUGAGGCUGGCUUUGGUUUUUUGCAUUUGUAUCAGCAGUGUGAUGCGGCCCUGUUGCUGGGAGGGGUAGGCGUUCAAUCUUGCGGUCGUCCCACGUACCGAGCAACGGACUCUCAUGCUUGGAAGCACAAGAAGCCUUUGCCUUCGUCUCUGUCGCACGGCAGCACGCUGCUGGCCUCAUGCUGGUCAGAGCGGUUCCGCCUCACACGGGCAGGUCGGGCUCCAGGGGCUGUCCUGUGA